CCAACAUUGAACUAUUGCAGACAUUCGAUUUCCCUGUUGCACAAGGCCUUCCCCUCCAAACUACCAUAGCUUACAGCUCGCCUGAACUUAGGACUGCGUACAAGGAGUGGCUCAUCACAUAACCACUUACGCACAACCCACAAUUCCGCGUACUAACUCCCGUGGGGAGCUGCCACCUGGAGCUUCCUUUCACAUAGGGAAAACACCCUCAUCGCAUCCUCUGUACCUUCCGGCGAAAACACUUCACAACCUACGGCACAAUGGCGUCGCAUGCAGUGACAUCAGGCCUAUCGGCUAUUUCAUCGGCCUCCGCGGGAGAGAAGCAAUCACAGUACCCCGCCCUCCUGCACCAGAUCCUCUCACAAAGCAACAUAGAGACUUUGACCGCGGACCUCAACGCCUACGCCCAAGCCCUGCUCGAGGAGUCUCUAGGUCUGGUUGUACUGCGGCCGCUUAUAACCAACUUCAUUGAACAAAUCAAGGCUAUCAAGGGCCCGGAAGUCAAGGCAGAUGUCGGAAUGCAAGUGGUCGAUUUACUGGCUGGGAAGGGUGCACAAUUCGAGGAACAGGACAGUCAGAUCAAAGGGAUCAUCGCAGACGCAUAUGAAGAGCAGGGAGAAUACAUAAAGUCUGCCCAAAUACUUCAGAGGAUACCGCUUGAUUCCACACAAAAGCAGCUCUCCAACGAUGACAAGGCGCGAGUAUGGAUCCGCAUCGUAAGAUGCUACCUCGAGGAGGACGAUACGACGAACGCUUUUACGCAGCUCAAUAAGAUCAAGAAUGUCAUACACAGUCUUACGGACAUGGAGACAAAGUUGCUUUUCCAGCUUAGCCAGGCCCGCAUGUACGAUUCACAGCGAUCUUUCCUCGAUGCUGCACAAGCCUACUACAAUGUAAGCUUAGAAGCGGUUAUAGACGAGGAGGAACGACUCCGGACGCUUUCUGCUGCAUUCGUGUGCGCCAUCCUCGCUCCCGCCGGUCCACAGCGGGCCAAAAUGCUCUCGAAACUGUACAAAGACGAGCGUGCACACCAAGUGGAACAUUUUGCGAUCUUGGAAAAGAUCUUCUUUGAUCGGAUAAUGAGCCCUGACGAAGUGAAGGCUUUCGCGUCCAAAUUGCAGCCUCAUCAUCUUGCGAAGACGGCCGACGGAUCUACUGUGCUUGAGAAGGCCGUUCUAGAACACAACGUUCUUGGUGUCUCGAAGAUCUACAAGAAUAUACACAUUGACCGGUUGGCGGAGCUACUUGGUACCGAUGCUGACAAAGCGGAGGAAUAUGCAGCAAAGAUGCUUGAGCAAGGCCGCCUAGCUGGAUCCAUAGAUCAAAUUGAUCGUUGGAUCUUCUUCGAGGGCGAAGGUAGUGGCGAGCGAAAGACCGGCCAUGUGGAGACGGGACGCAAAGAGCUGCGGCAGUGGGAUGCAAAUGUUCAAGGGAUGGCUGAGGAGGUGGAGAGGGUGGCUACGAUGAUCCAGAGGCAAUAUCCGGAAUUCUAUGCUUCACAAAUGGAAGGAGCGGCUUAGGAAGUGCUCAAUUCCAAGCGCAAGGAGAAGAGCUGGAGAUUGAGCAAACUCCUGAAUCGAGUAAGAGCAUCCCAUGAGUUGAGAUGAGGCACUACUCCAGCACAAGCAUGAUCUGCACCCAGAUGGCCACACUCUGGUAAACAGGUCGGUCGAAGUGCGUUCCAGGGGCAGUGGAUGGAUGUCUAUCAACACAAUAGACUGAGAUGAAGCUGCCAGGUUAAUACUCGCAUGCAUUCAACCCACAAAGUGCGCGACUGAGUAUAGUGACUAGGAUACUACUAGAAAAGCUUUUGUCAGCACGGCCUUACCGCUCAACUCAAAGCCUAGGCGCCUUCGCUGGAACCACCAACGCAGACCUAUCACUUCCCU